UUAAAGCGAAAGAAAAGAGAGCGAUAUCGUUAAACGCGAGAAACGAAUCGCGAUAUUAUUUUGAAAAAAGAUUUUAGCCGUGAGUGUACGAACCGGAUAAAAUCUUCGAUCAAACGAUAUAAAGCGAUUAUGUUUUGUUACGCAAAACGAACGGCGAACCACGAUUGACUUUACGAUUGACUCCAAAGUCGAUAUUGCCACGUUAAAAUCGGAACUCGAUUCGACUACGAUCCCAUUUCGUGGAGUCGACUUGUUUUCCAAUCGUCGACGUUGCGAAAUUGUUCGAAAGGGAAAUUACAUCCUUGGUUUAACACGAUGACCACCGCAUCGAUUAACGACAACGUGGCCGAGAUCCGAAAAUUAAACCAAUACGUCGGAGCCUUCGUAGCAUCCCUCGGCGGUUUUGCGCUCGGCAUCUCGCUAGGUUGGAAUUCCAAGGCCAGCAUAGUGCUGAGGAAUUACGUCGAUGCCACUGCGACUGAAAUCGGGCUGAUCGGGGGCAUUUUAAACGGUGGCAUUUGCAUAGGGGCGAUCCUGAUACCGUUCAUUGUAGGACGAAUAUCCAGAACGAACAUCUUGUUCUGGACGAUGCCUGUUCUCAUCCUUACGUGGACCUUGAUGAUCAGCAAUCGUCGUCAGAAGGUAUUGUUAUUCCUGAUUGGAAGAUUGAUCUGCGGCAUCUGUGGCGGUGUAUCUUGCGUUUUGACGCCAAUUUACGUGGCUGAGAUAGCGAGCAAAGAAAUCCGUGGACGUUUGCUCGCCUUUUUUCAACUGCUAGUCAACUGUGGCGUGAUGUACGCUUUCUACGUGGCUCAUGCAAUCGACGAACAAAAAUCUGUAUGGAGGUACAGCGCAAUUUGUGGCCUCGCGUGUCUCUCGAUCGCCCCGACAAAAUUAUUACCCGAGAGUCCGCUCUACUAUUUGUCGAGGAACGACGAGAUCGGUGCAGAAAAAUCCUUGAGAUGGUAUCGCGGCGACACUUACGAUGUCCAGCACGAAAUCAACGAAACGAAGCGUCUCGUUCUCGCUCAUUCGAAAAAGUUCAGCCUACGAUUGUUAAAAAAUCGUCGAAUACUGCGGUCAAUGGCGACGUGUUUCGGAAUAAUCUUGGGCCAACAUUUGUGCGGCGUCAACAUGAUGAUUUUCUACGCCCUGAUGCUCUUCGAAACCACUGGUUCCGGUGAACUGACCGGAAGCGAACAGACGCUGGUCGUCGGCGCCGUUCAAAUAUUAGUAUGUCUCUUGGCCGCGUUCCUGGUCGACGUACUUGGACGUCGAAUUCUCCUCACCGUCUCUUCCCUUUUCAUGGGAUUGUUCCUCAUAUUGCUAGGUUGGUUCUUCAGUUUACGCGACAGCGACCCCGAAUACGACGACAUCUACUUCUGGAUGUCGCCCACUUGGAUCACUCUGAUCUUCGCCGCGUUCAACCUAGGUCUCGGGCCAAUUUCCUGGUCUUUGUUAGGGGACACGCUUCCGGAAGAGCUGAAGACCUCGGUCGUCUCGAUGGCGGUCGCGUUCGGAUGGCUGAUCUCGAUGAUGGGCACCCUGACUUUCGACGAGAUGAUCAUUUCCCUGGGCAGCACUAAAGUUAUGUGGCUCUCCGCGGCCAUAUGCUGGCUGAUCGCUUUAUUCUGCGCCAUCGUGGUCAAAGACAACACCGGGAAAAGUUUGAUCGAGAUACAAGAAGAAUUUCGCAUCGAGUCUAACGCAGGGUUAGAGGAGACCUGAUCCUUAUUCUCGAACAGCGAUGUAGAGAGAUCUAUUUCAAUGUGAAUUUUGUAUUUUGAAGCUUGGAUAUAGGGCGACGAGCUGAUUUCUUGUAUUUUAUUGGAACAAAUGGCACGCUGAGAACUGUGUUUAAUAUUUCGUAGUUACAAUGUAAC